AUGGAAGAACUAAAAAAGUCAUUGAUGGAUGUGUCUGUAAUGGUGUCCUCCAAAAUGGAUGAGUUCCAGCAGCGGCUCCUGGCAGCACAGGAAAGGUCUCCAUCCCUCGAGCAAACACCACUAACUAGGGAGUUUGAGGCAUUCAAAAGCUCAGUACUGUUCUGUCUCAAGAAUCUCCAGGCUCAAAUGGAAAUUCUUUUUAAGGUGCAAGAGGAGCAGGAAAUGCGCAGCAGGCGUAAGUGUUUGUUGUUACAUGGCAUUAAUGAGUCUAAGGAUGAGAACCCAGGGACAAUUGCUAACAUGUUAUCCGUUCUGCUCAAAUGCCCUAAUAUAAGUGAAGCUAGUUUUAGUCGGUGUCACAGAGUGGGCAUAAGACGUGAUGAUAAGCCGCGCCCUGUACUAAUUAAGCUAAGGGAACAUUGUGACAAGGACAAAAUUUGGUUGGCUAAAAUGUCUGGUUUAAAGGGGACCGGCAUCACCAUAUCCGAGUUUCUGACCAAAGCCAGGCAUAAUGUGUUUAUGGCUGCAAGAAGGCAUUUCGGAAUCAGCAAGUGUUGGACCAGGAAUGGCCACAUAUAUGUUAUUGGGGCUAACGGUGAGCGUCGCCGUGUCAAUUCAAUGAAAGAUGUUGAUACGGCUCCUGCAAGCAUUCCACCAUCUACUAACGAUUCUAAGGUAACAUCACCCAAGUUAGUCUCGAAUCAGGAAGAUCGCAAAGAACUGAUUACGAGUGGGUUACUUCAACUUCAUAUUAUGUUUUGUUACUUGCUGAACUGCACACUUAGCAUAACAUGGACUUAA